AAGUGGACCAGUGCUAACGCGAUACCAUUUGUGUACACCAUGGAUGAUAACGUUGGGUAUAGCAUUGUAGCGACUAUAUUCAUCACGAUAGUGAUUAUAAGACAGUACUAUCCGUAUCUACUGUUCGAUAUAUCAAGACUGUAUGCCUUGAUUUUUAAAAUAAUUCUACCAAGAUCCCGCUACCUUCGCAAGAACCAGUUUACGGUCGAUGUGUUUUCCGAAUCCGUCACACGGCAGCCAGGUAAAGCAUGUCUGAUCCACAAAGACCGUGUUUACACGUACUCAGACAUUGAACUCCGAUCAAACCAGUUUGCUAACUUGGUGGCAAAGGAGGGGUAUAAAUUGGGUGACACCGUUGGCAUUUUCAUGUCCAACGAGCCAGCGUACAUUUGGAUGUGGCUGGGAUUUGUUAAGCUGGGCAUCAAAUGUGCGCUGUUGAAUUACAACUUACGGGGAGACUGUUUGAUGAAGUGCAUUUCUUCUGUCGAUGCCAAACUUAUUAUGGUUGGAGAAGGCGAAGAACUACGAGACGCCAUAGAGGGAGUUUCAAACCUUCUGAAAGAGAAUGGCAUCAGAGUAUGGACACACGGUAGCCAACCUUGCAAAAACGAAGAAUUCAAGGACAUCACUUUUGCGGUGGAAAAUGCGCCUGCUGAUCCAAUUCCUAGAUAUACGAGACGAGAUAUUAAACCAAGCGACGUUUGUUCCUAUAUAUACACAUCUGGGACUACCGGGUUGCCUAAAGCGUCUAAAAUUACUUACUAUCGACAUCUUGGAAUGGCACUUAUUUUUGGUUUAUUCGAUGUGAACGCAGAUGACGUAUGCUACAUUACACUUCCCCUUUACCAUUCGUCGGCCACACUCAGCUGGACAUGUGCAAUCCGGACGGGUGCGACUAUUGUUCUGGCGCCAAAGUUCUCGGCUUCUGGGUUUUGGCGUGACGUUCGAAAACAUGACGUCACCGUUAUUUAUUACAUCGGGGAGUUGUGUCGAUAUCUGUUAGCACAACCAAAGCAUGUUGAUGAUGCGAAGAACCGCGUCAGGAUUGCAAUCGGUAAUGGUCUUCGGCCAGACGUAUGGAUAAGGUUUGCCAAGCGAUUUGGAAUACCGCUACUUGGUGAAUUUUAUGGAGCUACUGACGGUAAUUUGUUUGGCUACAAUGCCGAUAAUAAGGUUGGCGCUUGCGGACGAUUCUCUCCCUUUUUAAAGAAACUAUUUAAGUUUGAACUGGUGAAGUAUUACUUUGAUAAAGCAGAACCGGUUCGCGAUAUGAAUGGAAGGUGUAUUCCCGUUGAACAAGGUCAGCCGGGUUUAUUGAUCGUGCAAAUAACUACCAACAAUCCUUUCGAUGGCUAUGCGGGCAAAGAAAGUCUCUCAGAUGCGAAAAGAAUAAGGAAUGCAUUUAAAGAUGGCGACGUUUACUUUAAUAGCGGGGACAUUUUCGCGUUGGAUAAAGACUACUACUUUUAUUUUAUGGACCGUCUUGGGGACACAUUCAGGUGGAAGGGAGAGAACGUAGCUACGACUGAAGUGGAACAAAUAAUUUGUCGAUUUCCUGGAAUUCGUGAAUCUACCGUAUAUGGAGUAUCAGUACCAGGAUGUGACGGACGAGCGGGAAUGGCUGCAGUUGUACUUGAAGAUGAACAGAGUUUUGAUUUCCAAGAAUUUUACGCUCACCUCAGAACAUAUUUGCCCCUUUAUGCAUGCCCGAAAUUCCUUCGGAUCCAGGAUAAUUUGGUUACGACUGGUACCUUCAAAUACUCUAAACUUGAACUGGUGAAAGGUGGAUUUGACCCCAACGUUGUUGAUGAGCCAAUGUACGCUAUACACGUUGAGAAGAAGACAUUUAAACCCUUAGUUAGUUCAGUGUAUGCUGACAUUGUGAACGGAAAACUUGCACUGUAA